AUGGCGGACCACGCGCAGGCCAUCCGCGCCUACGUGGUCGGAUCCUUUGAGCACACGCCGCCCUCGCUGCUCGACGAUCUCUCGGCGGGCAAAGUGUCGCUGCUCGGCAUCGUUCGGUCCAUGGGCGAGUACCUCACCAGCCAAGACGAGCAGCAGCGCACCCGGGCGGUGCAGCUCCUCGCCGAAAUCACCUGCCACUUUCUCGACCCGGCACGGCCCGCGCCGACGCCAUCGGUACCUCAUUCCGCCGCCGCGUCCCCCGCCCGGAUCGCCGUCGCCGACAUCUUUACCAUCCAGGCCGUCCGCACGCUCACCACGUUCCUCGCGGACAAGGUCUCGGACUCGGUCCUCAUCUUUGACAGCUUUAUCCGCUCCGCCAACGCGCCCGAGGUGCUCCCCGAGACGGCACCGCGCGCGCGCAGAAACGAGGCAGAGGCAAAGACGCUCCAGGGCAGCGCCAUGCUCGUAUCCUGCCUCCGCGCCCUCACCGCCCUCUCGGCGUGCCAUUCGAGCCAGCCCCCUCCGACGCAGCCGAGCCAAGCCGCCCCCGUCAAGGGCUUCGGCCUCGAGCAGGCGCACGCCGUCUGCACCGCCCUCUUCCAACACGUGAAACCCAGCGAUCACCCGCAGUCGCUCCGCUUCCUCGUCUACCGCCUCCUCGACUCGCUCGUCGCCCACCACCGCAACAGCCUCAAGUCGUACCGCGAUCCAAACUCGCACAGCACGGGCGAUGGCCCAACCGCCAUGGACCUCGACAAGCAGCAGCGCGGCGAUGACGACGCCGAAGAUGACGACGACGAAGACGACGACAUCAAAAAGAAGCUGCCCGCCGAGGCCCGCCCCGACCGGUGCGAGGGGAAGCCCUUCCUCAAGGGCUACGUCCGCCUCGUCACGGGCGAAAAGGACCCGCGCAACCUGAUGGUCCUCUUUGGCGUCGACAAGGUCCUCCUCACCGAGUGGCAGAUGGACCGCGAAAUGACAGAGGCCUUCUUCGACAUCACCUUCUGCUACUUCCCCAUCACCUUCCGCCCCCCGCCCGACGACCCCUACGGCAUCACAUCCGACGACCUCAAGCUCGCCCUCCGCGCCGCCCUCUGCGCCUCGCCCGCAAUGGCCCCGCUCGGCUACCCGCUCCUCCUCGAAAAGCUCUCGGCCGCCGGUGGACCCGCCAAGCUCGACACGCUCCGCACCAUCAUCGCCGCCGCCCCCGUCUACGGCCGUGCCGCCGCAGACGCCAACGCCAAGCGCCUGUGGGAGGGGCUCAAGAUCGAAAUCUUCCACGCCACCGACGACGAGACCUGCGACCUGUCGUGCGACGCCCUCACCACCCUCCUCCACGUCCUCUACGACGGCAUCGACCCGCCCCAGGGCAUCGCGCCCAGGAUGGUCCACGACUGCCUCGUCGAGCUCGAGGAGCCCGGCAAGUCGCUCGCAAAGGCCGCCAUCAAGGUUCUCGGCUGCAUGGUCCGCGCAUCGCCCUCGACCGCCUACCUGGCCACCUACGGCUUCAUGGACCAGAUGAUGAAGAUGUUUGCCGAGCCCGCCGACCUCGCCAUGCGCACCCCCAUCCUCAACGGCGUCGGCGAGGUCCUCGAGGCGCUCGCCCGCGUCUACCGCGCCUCGGAGGCGGUCCAGGCAUCCAAGGACAGGGACAGGGCCGAGACGGCGGCGGCAAGCCCGGCUGCACUGACUGUUCCGAAGACCGACGCCACGGCCGCGAACGAUGCCAGCUUCCGCGAGGGCUCCGGCCAGAUGCUGCCUGCAAAGGACCUGCGCCGAUCCUACCAGGGCGACAACCGUCCGCUCGACGCCUUCCUCGGCGACCUGCUUUCGUCGCUGUCCAACGGCCUCCGCUCGACGUCGUACCGCCGCUCCGCCCUGAUGGCCUAUUCGUCGGUCGUCGCCAUCUCGAUCCUCAGCACAUCGACCGCGACGGCCCCGGCGGCGCCGACCGCAUCCGACGAUGCGCGGCCCAAGCCCUUCCUCUCGGCCGACGAGACGGCCUUUCUCACACGCGAGGUCGCCGAGCUGCUCACCUCGGUCAAGGGCGACGACGUGCGCGAAGAGGCGCUCUGCGCCAUCGAGGUGGUCGCCAACGAGCGGGCGGCCGGAGGCCCUGCGGGCAAGAGCGCCACGUCCAAGCUCAUCGAGGAGAUUGUGCUGCCGGUGCUCCUCGAGGGUCUGCCCGAGCGGAUGCUGCCAUCGCAGGACCCCGAGUCGCGCACCGCCGGCCAGCCCGUCGACGAGCUCGAGGGGCUCCUGGACCAGUCCAAGGCCAGUAUCCGGCGCAGCCUCGGCGCCAUUUCGCACCUCUGCGUCGCGCCCCACCUCUUUGACGCCGUCGUGGUCAAGCUCUUCACGCGCCUCGAGCUCUGCUGCGUGCCCAUCAGCCGGUCCGCCGGCAUCCUCGGCGUCGACGACACCACCGAGGAGGACAAGCCGCUCGAGGCGAUCGAGGAAGAGGUGCGCGCGCUCGAGGAGGCCAACCUCGGCUACGCCCGCGGCCUCAUCCUGACGCUCCAGACGCUGCUCGACGAAAAGAAGCGCCGCGGCCACCGGGACCUGGCAAAGUACGGCCAGGCGCUGCCGCCGCGCCUGGUGGUGCUGGCGCUCAGCGGCCUCGAGGCGGCCGCCGAGGCCGACGUCGAGUCGUCCAGCCCGCGCCGACUCGGCAUCGGCGCCCACGCCCAGAUCAUCGCCGACUCGGCGCGCCUACUGGGCACGCUGGUCAAGGCGCUCGACACGGCCAAGCAGCGCGAGCUGCUCGUGAUCCUCAACAAGACCUUCUCGGGCGGCGCCAAGCCGAUCCCCGUCGGCGGCGCCGACGGCGGCAACAACGGCGCCUCGCUGAUCCCGUCCAACUCGCCGCUCGGCAACGGCAACUUCCGUCCUUUUGACGUCGAGGACAACGCAUCGUCCUUCAGCAAGGCCAAGCGGGACAGUCUGGCGCUGUUCAGCGCGGCGGUCGUCGCCAGCGGCAAGGAGGCCGGCAUCCCGUCGCUCGGGGAUGCCUCGAGCGGUGGCGAUGGCUCUGCGGCGCUCGCGUUUGUGCGCCAGCUGCUGCGCUGGACGCUGAAUUCCGGCGUGUCGGAGCUGCAGGCGCAGGCGGGGAUGUGGAUGCUGUGCUCGUGCAUCAACAAGCACGUCGACGACACGCAGGCCGCCGUCGCUGCCGAGUUUGAGUCGCUCGCCGACGAGCUGUGGCGGACCGAGGUGCUACCCGUGUCGUCGGGCGAUGCGGCCCCGGAUCCGGUGCGCCGUCGGCGGGCCCAGCAGGCGUGGAUGUGGAUGGCGCGCGGCUUCUCGGUCAAGGCGAGCAAGCAGGGCGACCGGAUGAUUGGGCGCGUGCUCGACGAGAUCUUUGACGCGCCGGCCGGCGAUGCGGCGCGGGCCGACGACAAGGACCCUCGGUGGGCGGCGGCCAAGCACGCGUCGCGAUCGCUCGAGAUUGUGGCGAGGACCGAGGACGGGGUGGUGACCAAGGCCAACGGCUUCACGAUCCGGCUGCUGUCGCGGCAGCGGUUCUUUUCGUCGCUGCUGCCGAGGCUGAUCCGGGGCAACGGCAGUGGGUCGGCGUGGACCAAGACGCUGUACCUGAUCGCGCUGUCGUCGCUGCUGCCGUACCUGCCGCCGCAGACGAUCAGCGACCAGCUGGUGGAGCUGUUCCCGCUGCUGAUCCAGGCGCUGUCGCUGCCCGAUGCGCGGGCGAGGAUGAGCGCCGCCGACGGCAUCCUGGUGUCGGUCGAGGUGGGGCGGCGGUUGCGCGCGGCGCCUGCGUCUGCGUCUGCGACGGCGCUGGGAGGGAGCGGGUCGGCGACGUCCAAGGACCCGACGGACCUGGUCGUUUCGCACCUGUCGACGCUGGUGCGGAGGCUGCUGGAGAAUGCGCGCGAGGCGCGGCACGUGGUGGCGACGACGCGGAUCGCGGCGCUGCGGGCGCUGUCGUCGAUUGCGACUGCGCUGCCGGCGGCCGAGGUGCAGCGGUACAAGGUCGAGGUGCUCAAGGCGCUCGCUGCUCCGGGCACGGGCAUCGACGACCCGAAGCGCAAGGUGAGGGAGCGGGCCGUCGACUGCCGCGAUGCGUGGUUCGAGGUGGGCAGCGCCAAGCAGGACGAGUAG